GUGACGUCAGAGGCGCGACGCGUCGUAACGCAGUGCAAAUUGGGAAAAGGGGAUGAGCUGGGCUGGCUUCCGUAAGGAUAGCGAGUCUUCCUCGGGUUGGUGGGAGAUGGGCCUUUGGCGCGGAGGCCGGCGUUAGUGAAGCGCGCCCGGCGCCAAGAUAAAAAUAAACUGAGGAAUGGCAGUGAUGGUGUUGGGAGGAUUUAAGGAAUUUGCCUGAAGUCGUAAGCAUAACUUACAAUUUAAUGAGUGAAAAUGGAAGCAACUGUGGUCCUUUGAUGACAUUAUCAAAGAAAAUUGUUACUUAUUUGAGCUGUUCUCAAAAAUCAGUGAGAAUUUACCAGAACAGACGGGGAAACAAAGAAUGUCAUGGAACAUCAAAGACCUUUCAGGAAAAAAUACUUUUAAUGAAGUACACCAUCCAUUGUGAAAGUGGAAAAGUAAAUAUUAUUCAUCAUGCCUGCCGUGGCUUCAGUUCCUAAAGAACUCUACCUCAGUUCUUCACUAAAAGACCUCAAUAAGAAGACAGAAGUUAAACCAGAGAAAAUAAGUACUAAGAAUUACGUACAGAGUGCCCUGAAGAUCUUCAAGACAGCGGAAGAAAGCAGAUUAGACCGUGAUGAGGAAAGGGCCUAUGUGCUAUAUAUGAAAUAUGUGACUGUUUAUAAUCUUAUCAAAAAAAGGCCUGAUUUCAAGCAACAGCAGGACUACUUUCAUUCAAUACUUGGACCUGCAAACAUCAAAAAAGCUAUUGAAGAAGCCGAAAGACUCUCUGAAAGCCUUAAACUCAGAUAUGAAGAAGCUGAAGUUCGGAAAAAACUUGAAGAAAAGGACAGACAAGAGAAGGAACAGCUGCAGAAACAGAGAAGGCAGGAAGCAGGAAGAGAGGAUGGUGGCACAUCAGCUAAAAGUUCUUUGGAAAAUGUGUUGGAUUCCAAAGACAAAACUCAAAAGAUAAAUGGUGAAAAGAGUGAAAAAAGUGAGACCACAGAGAAAGGAACAGUCACAGCAAAGGAGCUAUAUACAAUGAUGAUGGAUAAAGACAUCAGCUUGAUUAUAAUGGAUGCUCGAAGAAUGCAGGAUUAUCAGGAUUCCCAUAUUUCAAAUUCUCUCAGUGUUCCUGAAGAAGCCAUCAGUCCAGGAGUCACUGCUAGUUGGAUUGAAGCAAACCUCCCAGAUGAUUCUAAAGACACAUGGAAGAAGAGAGGGAAUGUGGAUUAUGUGGUACUUCUUGACUGGUUUAGUUCUGCAAAAGAUUUACAACUUGGAACAACUCUACGGAGUCUGAAAGAUGCACUUUUCAAGUGGGAAAGUAAAACUGUCCUGCGCAAUGAGCCUUUGGUUUUAGAAGGAGGCUAUGAAAACUGGCUUCUUUGUUAUCCGCAGUACACAACAAAUGCCAAAGUCACUCCACCCCCACGAGGCAAGAAUGAAGAGGUGUCUAUCUCAUUGGAUUUUACUUACCCCUCACUGGAAGAAUCAGUUCCUUCUAAACCUGCUGCCCAGAUGCCACCUCCUGUAGAAGUCAACGAAAAUAUAGAGCUGGUAAACAGUCAAGAUGAGAGAAUGGGACUGCUGAAUGUAUCAGCCCCAGCUGAACCAAUUGCUGCUUCUAAAUCUGAUGUUUCACCCGUAAUUCAUCCAGUGCCUAUUAUAAAGAAUGUUCCACAGAUUGAUCGUACUAAAAAACCGGCCAUCAAACUGCCUGAAGAUCAUAGAGUGAAAUCUGAAAGUACAGAUCAGGAGCAACAGCCUCCUCAGAAUGGAAAAGUUGUUCCUGAUCGAUCCACAAAGCCAGUAUUUCCCCCUCCCACUGCCAUGUUAACAGAUGAAGAAAAAGCUCGUAUUCAUGCAGAAACUGCUCUUCUCAUGGAAAAAAACAAAAAAGAGAAAGAACUUAGAGAAAGGCAGCAAGAGGAACAGAAAGAGAAACUGAGGAGGGAAGAACAAGAACAAAAAGACAGAAAGAAACAGGAAGCUGAAGAAAAUGAAAUCACAGAGAAGCAACAAAAAGCAAAAGAACAAAUGGAAAAGAGAGAAAGUGAACAGGCCAAGAAAGAAGAUAGAGAAAUCUCAGCAGAGAGGGGCAGAGAACUAACAGGAGUAAAAAGACAAAGUAAGAGUGAACAAGAAACUGCUGAUGCCAAGAAAUCUGUGGAAGAUAAGGGGAAAAGGUGUCCAAACCUAGAAGCACAGAAAAAGUCAGCGGGAGAUAUGCCCUCCACCUCUGUGGCAGGCGACUCGAGUUCAGGCAAGACUCGAGAGCCUUUAACAAGAGCGCGAAGUGAAGAAAUGGGGAGGAUCGUACCAGGACUGCCUUCAGGCUGGGCCAAGUUCCUUGACCCUAUCACUGGAACUUUUCGUUAUUAUCAUUCGCCCACCAACACUGUUCAUAUGUAUCCACCGGAAAUGGCUCCUUCAUCUGCACCUCCUUCCACCCCUCCAACUCAUAAAGCCAAGCCACAGCUUCCUGCUGAGCGGGAUAGAGAACCGUCCAAACUGAAGCGCUCCUACUCCUCCCCAGACAUAACCCAGGCCAUUCAAGAGGAAGAGAAGAGGAAGCCAGCGGUAACUCCCACAGUUAAUCGGGAAAACAAGCCAACAAGCUACCCUAAGGCUGAGAUCACAAGGCUUUCUGCUUCUCAGAUUCGGAACCUCAAUCCUGUUUUUGGAGGAUCUGGACCAGCUCUCACUGGACUUCGUAAUUUAGGAAAUACUUGUUACAUGAACUCAAUACUACAGUGCCUCUGUAAUGCCCCACAUUUGGCUGAUUAUUUCAACCGCAACUGUUAUCAGGAUGAUAUUAACAGGUCAAAUUUGUUGGGGCAUAAAGGUGAAGUGGCGGAAGAAUUCGGCAUAAUCAUGAAAGCCCUGUGGACAGGACAGUAUAGGUAUAUCAGCCCGAAAGACUUUAAAAUCACCAUUGGGAAGAUCAAUGACCAGUUUGCGGGAUACAGCCAGCAAGAUUCACAAGAACUCCUUCUGUUCCUAAUGGAUGGUCUCCAUGAAGAUCUUAAUAAAGCUGAUAAUCGGAAGAGACAUAAAGAAGAAAAUAAUGAUCAUCUCGAUGAUUUUAAAGCUGCAGAACAUGCUUGGCAGAAACACAAGCAGCUCAAUGAGUCUAUUAUUGUUGCACUUUUUCAGGGUCAGUUUAAAUCCACAGUACAGUGCCUCACCUGUCACAAAAAGUCUAGGACAUUUGAGGCCUUCAUGUAUUUGUCUCUACCACUAGCAUCUACGAGUAAAUGUACAUUACAGGACUGCCUUAGACUAUUUUCCAAAGAAGAAAAACUCACAGACAACAACAGGUUUUACUGCAGUCAUUGCAGAGCUCGACGGGAUUCGCUAAAGAAAAUAGAAAUCUGGAAGUUGCCCCCUGUGCUUUUAGUGCAUCUGAAACGUUUUUCCUACGAUGGCAGGUGGAAGCAGAAAUUGCAGACAUCUGUGGACUUCCCACUAGAAAGUCUUGACUUGUCACAGUAUGUUAUUGGUCCAAAGAACAAUUUGAAGAAAUACAACUUGUUUUCUGUUUCAAAUCACUACGGUGGGCUGGAUGGAGGCCACUACACUGCCUAUUGUAAAAAUGCAGCAAGACAGCGGUGGUUUAAAUUUGAUGAUCACGAAGUUUCUGAUAUCUCCGUUUCCUCUGUGAAAUCUUCAGCAGCUUAUAUCCUCUUUUAUACGUCACUGGGACCACGAGCAACUGAUGUAGCCACAUAAGGAGAAGUAGGUUAUAAGCUAGUUAUCUUUUAAAAGGCUGAGCAACCCAACUCUUGAAAUGCUUAUAAAGAUACUGGAUAGCUACAGCUGGCCAUUUAAAGGAAUUCUAGGACAGUGGGAGCUGUGUUACUAUCACCAUAUACUUCAGGUCAGUGCUAGUAUCAAAAACUGACCAGUAACAUUAUUUAACAAGUAUUGCAGUAAGCAUUCCUUACAGGUACCAUUUAUUUCAAAACAACUUUUUUCAGUUUGCUCCAAAGUUAAAAUAAUUAACUAGCCAAGCAUUAUCAUUCAACUGGUCUAAAAACCAUUGUAUCCUUUAUUUUCCUUUUCACUGUUAAUGGCCUUUUCACAUUUCCAAAUCCCAGCUUGAUCUAUGAAUACUCUAGAAUGAUGUAAAGCAGAUAGGAAUGUAUAUGUAUAUAUUUAUUGCACACUUGCACAUCAAAUCGAUGUACAUAGUAUAAUAAUGUGGUCCUUUUGUGAAGCCUAGAACUCAGAGGAUUGCUUUUUUUUCCUUUUGGUCUAUUCUGAGUAACUGCAGUGCUUUCUUAGGAAAAUGACAGAGCAAAGCUAUUUUUCUGUUGGCUUUGGGCUGUAUUUGUGCACUAAAUCUUUAUCCUAAAAAAUAAAUGGAAACUUUUCUUUAA